AUGAGUGACCGAGGAAGUUAUUCUAGUACUAGUGCGAGUCCAUCCACAAAUAAUAAAGAAAAGUCCAAAGAUUAUCAUCGUAUGGAUUGUAAAAAGAUCCAAAUCCUACCUACAAACGGUUCUCUUGAUUAUUACACUGAUGGAAGAAUGGCAGUACGUUUUCAUGAAUCUACGCAAGAAAUGAGCUUGUGGUUGAACGAUUUAAAGGAUGAAAUUUUCAUCCCGUUCGAUCAGCUGAAAGGAUUCAGAAUUGCAGAAUACAAAGAACUAGAAGUCUCCCUCGUACUUAACUUUCACAGAAGGUAUUAUCAAAACGACGUAGAGGUAAAAGGAGAUCCAACCAACGGUUUGUUAGAAAAGGCGACAUCAUUGAUUAUUACACCGCGUAAUAAUGUUCCAAUUGAAAGUUUGACUACGAUUGAAGAUAUUAUUGAUAAGUACAGAUUUGGUAUAUUUUUAGCAACCUACAAAAUUUCGAGCAUCCGGCGCGAUCCUGUCAAUUCAAUUGAGAUAUAUGUGAAAUUUUUCAUGUAUGUAGAACGUGGAGGAGUUGUCGUACCAGAAGACAUUAGUCUUGAUGGAAUAAUACAAACCAUUUCAAAAAAGUUCAAGUUUUAUCUUAAUUCUGACCGGUUAUCCUAUAAAAAUGGGGUGGAUGUUAUUAUUGCCAUUAGAGAUGAAGAAGAUUGGAGCGUUGCUAAAUGGGAAUCAAGAUAUUCUAAUACUAAACCUGGUGUGGAGCUUUAUUUCAUUUGA